CUCGCCUCCUAGAGAUGCCCACAUUUUGAUAUCUGGAGCCUGUAAUGUGUUACCUCAUGGUAAAAGAGAUUUUACAGGUGUGGUUAAGACCUGAAAAGAUAACUAUGAAUUUAGAUUCCAUCCAUCAGUUAAUUGAGGAAACACAAAUCUUCCAGAUGCCGCAGUCAUCAAUAAAACCACCUUGUGACAUGGUAGCACCUGCUCCCCCCCCCGGGGACACUUGUCAUUCCUGUUUGCCACUUCAGGGGUGGCAAUCACAUGCCACUCACAACGUCUGUGUGCACUCACGCAACACCAGUGAGUGGACUAUUUGUGAAGAGCUUCGCCUGCGGGAGCUUGAGGAAGUCAAGGCCAGAGCUGCCCAGAUGGAGAAGACCAUGCGGUGGUGGUCAGAUUGCACCGCCAGUUGGAGAGAAAAGUGGAGCAAAGUUCGGGCCGAAAGGAACAGCGCCAGGGAGGAGGGAAGACAGCUCAGAAUAAAAUUAGAGAUGACAGUGAAAGAACUGAGUGCACUGAAAAAGAAACAAAGUUUGCCACAUCAGAAGGUGUUAGAAACCACCCAGGACCUGAAGCAUCCUAGUUUCACAGAAGUGCCUUCUGCACCAGGAGACCAGUUUCAAAUUGGUUCACAAACAUGUAAGUCUAUCAGAGAACGUCUGGUGAGAAGAGAAUUUUCUACAAAGGACAACACAGAUAGUAAGGAAGAAGUUUUGAUUAUUGACCAGUUAAGAUUAAAUGAGGAGAUGAAACUCAAUCUUAACUCUCCUGAUUCAUUCAAGAAUAGUGGUUCUGACAGCUGUUCACUGAAAUCUGCAUUAAGACUGCAGGCAAUGACCCUGCCUUUGGAGAGUGAAGUGCCUGAAAUUUCAGCUUUGCAGGUUCAUCUGGAUGAGUUCCAAAAAAUUUUAUGGAAAGAAAGAGAAAUGCGCUCAUCUUUGGAAAAAGAAAUAGAACGACUGGAGUCAGCUUUGUCUGUAUGGAAAUGGAAGUAUGAAGAACUGAAAGAAUCAAAGCCAAAAAGUCUGAAAGAGUUUAACAUUAUUCCUGGUCAGCAUGAAAAUGAAAUGGAAGAACUAUCAGGAGAUAUAAAGGAAGAAUCAAAAUCUCAAAACAGCAAGGAUAGACUGAUCUACCAGUUAAGAGCUGAGCUAGAGAGAUUGCAUGCUGAAAAUAUCUCAGAGUGGGACAAGAGGGAAAUACUUGAAACACAGAAACAAGGACUGGAAAAAGAAAAUAGAAGGCUAAAGGCUCAGGUGAAAGAAAUGGAAGAGCUCCUGGAUGGGAAAAACAGAUUCAGUGCAAACUCUCAAAGUCCUGAUUUCAAGACAUCACAAAUUGAACGGCAGGAAGAAAAAAAGGUCCCUGGCUUGGUGAUGGAGCUCCAAGGACUGAUCUGAAGCCUACUGGUGAGCGAAGGGAGGAGGUGUGCUAGCAAAAGUCCACGUGCUGUGGAAAGGGUGGGGAAGGCACAAAAAAAGAAGUCAUGGGAUCUCCUAAAUUGACUUUUAAGUACUCCCCUCAAAGGAUCUGGUGGCUGUACUUAGUUUGUGUAGCUAAAGGAAUUAUCAUGUUAUGACCUUUACUAGUUGCUUUAUCCUUAGAUCCUGUUGUUCAUCUCUGUCCAAAUUUUUUGCACUGAAAUUAAAGUACCUUUCUAUGUUGUUUUAGGGACUUUAUCCCUCAAUUCAGAUUAUUCUUGGUGUACGCUAAUGAUAUAGCUUAGUUUCUUUAAUGAUUAAGCCUGUACCAAAUUGUUAUUUUGGAAGUUUUCUGUUAGCAUCUGCAGCAAAAUACUUGUUGAUUACUUAUUUAUCUAAGAAUGGCUACAUUUUGCUCUGUACCCUUAUCUCUUUUUAUUCCAAACAUUGUACACUCUAAUCAGUGUUCACCUCACCAUAGACAUAGAGUUAUUUUUAUUGGGAUACAAUCUGAAAAUAAAUCUCAUCUUCAAGUAGAAUAUGGACAGCAUGACAUUUAUUAUGUUAGAAGAUAUCCCACCAUUUUAUUUGCCAUAUGCAUACUAUAGAAUUCAUAUAUAUAAUAUAUUACAUCUAUACUAUAUAUAAAACAUCCCCCCCAUUACACACACAGACAUGCAGAGUUACAUAUACAUAUACAUAAGAAAAGUAUAACAAUGUGGUAGGCCAAAUAUUGAUAAAUCCAAGAUGAUAAAGACAAUUAAUUAGGAAGUUCCUAAGGUUUUGUAUUAGGAUAAUGAUCUGGUCAUCUGAGAUCAGAAUAUAUAAAAUCUACACUUAAAUAUUUAUUUUAUGAAGGCAAAACAUAAAAAUAGAUGUGUUUGGAGAUUCAGCAUCCAUUUUAUCUUAUUAGUGUGUGGCUGUUGUUUGGGGAACCCUAACAUCUAUUCACCUGGCUUCUACUUAACAUGCAUUGUUUUUCCUCUAUGAUCAACUCCACCCCCAAAUUUCAGGCCACAUCCUUUGGUUAAGGUUAAUACCACCUCUGCCAGGUUGGGUAGAUCAUUCAUGUUUAUCUAACCAAAACAUUUAAGUUUUCUGGACACACAUGCUAUGGACAGGUAAUCACAUCAGAGACAAUUAAAUGCAGUGAUGCUUAGACUUCUUGAAGAGACACACUUUCUUGCUGUUAAAAUUAAACCUAAGGAAAUAAAGAUUUAGAGCUGUAAAAAGCAUCAUACUUUCACUGGGAGCUGCAUGAGAGAGUUGAGGCAUGGAGAGAGGGGCCUGACCAGGAGACAUAAUGAGCCUCUCUGGCUUAAGCCAUAGCCUGGAUUAAGGUACCCCUCAGAAUUGUAAAUAAUGCUGCUAUAAAUAUAGGGGUGCAUGUAUCCCUUUGAAU